AUGUCACAAAAUCAACCAUCAAAGACUCAAGCUAUUUUGCAAGAGGUCGAUAAAGUAAAGGAUGUAAUGCACAAUAAUAUCGGACUUAUGUUGGACAACCACGACAAGGCCACAAAUUUACAAGACAAAACAGCAUCAAUGAACAACAAUGCCAAAAUGUUUAAAAAGCAAACCGUCACCAUCCGUAGACAAAUGUGGUGCAGAAAUAUGAAGUUACAAAUUAUUAUUGUUUUAGUUUUCAUUCACUCUCAUCUCAACCUCAAUCUUUCACAUUUAGAAUAA